AUGUUCAAAUCAAUUCUCGUGUCGACGUUCUUCGCGGCUACUGCUCUGGCAGCUAGUCGUAUGACUGCUCCCGAGGGAGCCAUCGUCGUUGCUAAGUCCGGUGGUGAUUAUACUACGAUCAGCGAUGCUGUCGGCAACCUGAGCACCACCGCCACUACCACACAGACUAUCUUUAUUGAGAAGGGUACCUAUGAUGAGCAGGUGUACAUUCCCUCGAUGAAGGGAGAGCUGCUCAUCUAUGGUCAGACGGACGACACCACCACCUACGAACAGAACCUUGUCAAGGUCACUCACGACAUCAAGCUGGCUGACGUCAAGAAUGAUGAUGCAACUGCCACCGUCCGAAACCACGCUGAGAACUCUUCCAUCUACAACUUGAACAUCGAAAACAGCUGUGGCCAAGUCUGCCACCAGGCUUUGGCUCUUAGCGCCUAUGGCGAGAACCAGGGAUACUAUGGCCUCAAGCUCACCGGAUACCAGGACACUCUUCUCGCUCAGUCCGGCAACCAGAUCUAUGCUAAGAACUACAUCGAGGGCGCUGUCGACUUCAUCUUCGGCCAGAGCGCUCGCGCCUGGUUCCACUCCUGCGACAUCCGCGUGCUGGAAGGCCCCUCGGCCGGUUACAUCACGGCCAACGGUCGCCGAUCCGAGUCCGACGAGUCAUACUAUGUGAUCCACAAGUCGAACGUUGAGGCCGCCGAGGGCAACUCUGUCUCUGCGGGAAUUUACUACCUGGGCCGCCCCUGGUCCCAAUAUUCCCGUGUUGUCUUCCAGAAGACCGCCCUGUCCGACGUGAUCAACUCCGCCGGCUGGUCUGAGUGGUCCACCUUGACUGCCAACACCGAGAACGUCACCUACACCGAGUACGGUAACACCGGCAAGGGAGCCAAGGGUACGCGUGCUAGCUUCUCGGAGAAGUUGGACAAGGCCAUCUCUAUCUCGGAGAUUCUGGGCGCUGAUUGGCAGAGCUGGGUUGACACCAGAUAUGUCAACUAA